AUGGCGGAUGACGUACAUGUAUGCGAGCGUUGCUCCGAUAAUUUCAUCGUGAAUAGUAAGUUAGUGUGCUGCAAAAAAUACAAAAAGAGUUACCAUAGUCAGUGCAUAUCAGUGAAGGACUAUGCCCUGAAAAUUUUGUCUAAAUCUAAUAAUUUUGCUUGGUUUUGUGAUAUGUGUAAAAACGCAGAAUAUGCAGCGAUUUGUGUUGACGACAAUGGUGGACAAGCUGAGAAAAACAAGCUAAAAAGUGAAUGUCUAAAACAAAAGGAAAUUGAAUGUCUAAAACGCGAAAAAUGCAUACUUGAAAAAUUGGUAACGGAAUUAGAGAAUGCAUCACAGUUGCAUAAAUUUAAAAUUGAUGUGUACGAAAAGGAGCUGAAUGCGACAAAAACGUCAUCGAGUAAUAGUGGAAUGCUGCAAAAAACUGCUUCAGCAGAAUCGUACAGCCAAGUGUUAAAAAAGGCAUUGUAUACCAACAAUGACUCAUCUGUGUUGCUGGUAAAAUCUUCUGAAUGA